AUGGCCGCGGGAGCCGGGACGGGGGGCCCCGCUUCCGGCCCGGACGUUCUGCGUGAUCCGGCGGCGUCACAGUCGAGGAAGCGGUCCGGUCGUGGGGGCGGGGAGGCUGCGCGGCGAACGGACGCGAUGGCGGGAGGAGGCGGGAGCAGCGACGGCCCCGGGCGGGCGGCGAGCCGGCGGGCGUCCCGCAGCAGCGGCGGGCGGGCUCGGCGGGGGCGGCACGACCCGGGGGCGGGGGGCGCGGGGGAGGCUCGGCUGGAGGAGGCGGUGAACCGCUGGGUGCUCAAGUUCUACUUCUACGAGGCGCUGCGGGCCUUUCGGAGUAGCCGGUACGGGGACUUCAGGCAGAUCCGGGACAUCAUGCAGGCUCUGCUUGUCAGGCCCUUGGGAAAGGAGCACACCGUGUCCCGGCUGCUGCGGGUUAUGCAGUGUCUGUCGCGUAUUGAAGAAGGGGAGAAUUUAGACUGUUCCUUUGAUAUGGAGGCUGAGCUCACACCCCUGGAAUCAGCUAUCAAUGUGCUGGAGAUGAUUAAAACGGAAUUUACACUGACAGAGGCAGUGGUGGAAUCCAGUAGAAAACUGGUCAAGGAGGCUGCUGUCAUUAUUUGUAUUAAAAAUAAAGAAUUUGAAAAGGCUUCAAAAAUUUUGAAAAAACAUAUGUCCAAGGACCCCACAACUCAGAAACUGAGAAGUGAUCUCCUGAACAUCAUCCGUGAAAAGAACUUGGCCCACCCCGUUAUCCAGAACUUUUCCUAUGAGACCUUCCAGCAGAAGAUGCUGCGCUUCCUGGAGAGUCACCUGGAUGAUGCAGAGCCCUACCUCCUCACGAUGGCCAAAAAGGCUUUGAAAUCUGAGUCUUCUGCUUCAAGUACAGUGAAGGAAGAUAAACAGCCAGCACCAGAGCCUGUGGAAAAGCCAUCCAGAGAACCUCCGAGGCAGCUACGGAAUACUCCAACCACCUUUGGAAUGAUGACUCUGAAAGCAGCUUUCAAGACUCUGUGCGGUUCACAAGAUUCUGAAGCAAUCUUCUCAAAACUGGACCAGAAAGAUCUGGUACUUCCUAAUAAAGCAUCCCUCUCAUCGCCAGCCCUCAAAAACAAGAGACCGAGAAAGAAUGACAACGAAGGUUCAGCUCCUGCUGAAGGAGAGAGUGGCUCUGAACUGCAGCCCAAGAACAAGCGUAUGACAAUAAGCAGAUUGGUUUUGGAGGAGGAUAGUCAGAGUACUGAGCUGAGCUCAAGCCUCAACACCUCUCAGGAAAUCAUUCCAGCGCCACCAUCCACACCUGCUGUUCUCAACCAAGCCCUUCCCAGGGAGAAGAAUUCCAAAUUACCCAAAGGCAAGUGGAACAGUUCUAAUGGGAUUGAAGAAAAAGAGACUUGGGUAGAAGAGGACGAACUGUUUGAUGUUCAGGCUGCACCGGAUGAAGAGAAUACAACCAGUGUAACAAAAAAGCAGAAGUGGACUGUGGAAGAGAGCGAGUGGAUCAAGGCUGGAGUGCAAAAAUUUGGGGAAGGAAACUGGGCUGCCAUUUCUAAAAAUUACCCAUUUGUUAAUCGAACAGCUGUGAUGAUUAAGGAUCGCUGGCGGACCAUGAAAAGACUUGGCAUGAACUGA